AUGGCCCCGUUAUUGUUUCUCAACUAUCCAAAACCCCUGUUCAUUCCAACUCCUCUCAACUCCCACUCUCUCAAACGAAGCUCUCUUCUCCCAAAAAGAAACACUAGCUUAUCCACUGCAAGGAGGGGGACACUAUCACCGUCCAUCGGGCCAUCAUCGUUCUUGAGUCCUCUAACCCUAUUCACUCCAAUCGCUCUUCUUCGUCAACUUCGGUCUCUCUCACUCAAGCCAAGCAGAAGCACAAAACCACCCUUCUUCGUCAAGAUCCGGCGUUGCUCCAACUCUGAAUUGCUCUGCAUUUCAAAACUUAGGUCAAAAUUUUCCCUAGGGUUUGGAGGAAAAGCCCUAAUUUGGCUUAUUGAUGCUCUCAAAUCACGCACAAAAGGUUGCCCUGACUUCAUCCUCAUUGAUUGUCCCGCCGGCAUCGACGCUGGAUUCAUCACCGCCAUAAUGCCGGUGAACGAGGCAAUUCUAAUAAUCACACCAGAUAUAACUUUCCUUAGUCUUCCAGUCUCUGUUCCAGUACCUCAAAACAAACGCUACCUUAGAGAUGCUGAUAGGGUUACUGGUUUGCUUGAAUGUGAUGGAAUUAGGGACAUAAAGAUGAUUUUGAAUAGAGUUAGGACAAAUAUGAUUAAGGAUGAGGACAUGAUGUCUGUUCUUGAUGUACAAGUUCUUUGGCAAUGUGGCUGA